AUGGAGCAAUCCGCCGAAAUAUUGACGGCGGCGCAUGAGAUAUAUGCACGGAUGGGCGGUUCUACUGGCGACACUGCCACGAGACCUCCCGCAUACAAGGCCAUUGGUAUUUCCUUGGCCGUAGCCUCUGGUGCAUUUAUUGGAACCUCCUUCGUCAUCAAGAAAUUCGGCCUUUUGAAGGCCAACGAGAAAUACAAUGAAGCCCCCGGUGAAGGCUAUGGCUAUCUCAAGAACGCCUGGUGGUGGACAGGCAUGAGUCUCAUGAUUGUCGGCGAGAUCUGCAACUUUGUCGCUUAUGCCUUCACCGACGCCAUCCUCGUUACCCCGCUAGGCGCCUUGUCCGUUGUCCUGACUGCCAUCCUCUCCGCCAUCUUCCUCAAGGAACGCUUGAGUAUGGUGGGCAAAGUCGCCUGUUUCCUCUGCAUUGUUGGCGCUGUCGUCAUUGUCAUGAAUGCCCCCGAGAAUUCUGCCGUUGCCAACAUUCAACAGAUGCAAAGCUAUGUCAUCCAACCCGGGUUCCUAUCCUAUGCCGGUGUCAUUCUCGUCGGCAGCGCCAUCACUGCGUGGUACGCAGGUCCGAGAUGGGGUAACAAGAACAUGCUGGUUUACAUCUCCAUCUGCAGUUGGGUUGGAGGCUUGAGCGUUGUAGCCACGCAAGGUCUGGGAGCGGCCAUCGUCGCCCAGGCAGGUGGAGAGGCUCAGUUCAACAAAUGGUUCACAUAUGUGCUGCUGGUCUUCGUCAUUGGCACUUUGCUAACAGAAAUCAUCUACCUGAACAAAGCACUAAAUCUUUUCAACGCAGCCCUCGUCACGCCAACAUACUACGUCUACUUCACCAGCACAACCAUUAUUACUUCGGCAGUGCUCUUCAGAGGAUUCAAGGGCACCCCUACCGCCAUCAUUACCGUGGUCAAUGGCUUCUUGACCAUUUGUGCCGGUGUUGUGCUCCUCCAACUUUCAAAGUCUGCCAAGGACGUGCCAGACACCGCAGUCUUUGCAGGCGAUCUUAACCAGAUCCACACCAUCGCCGAACAAGAACAGCCCGAGACCGAGCCCAAGGCCGAUGCUAUUCGUGGAGCUGCUGCGAUCGUGCGCCGCUUCUCCUCCGCCAGACAGAAGAUGGAAGAGGACGAGUUCAAGCGAUUACAAGAGGAGAAGAUGCGAGAGUCGCUGGAGCCUGUGAGCGAAAACGGUCAGCCAGUCUACGAAUGGGACGGAAUAAGGAGGCGGAGAACUAUGACGGUUGGAAGUCGAAGCACCCGAGGAACGAUACGAUCACCUUAUCCUGCCUCGCAAGCCGGUAUCCCCCGUACACCGACGGUCAUCCCUCCCGCUUCUCCUCAGGCUCAUCCACCUCUCGGCAUGUCGCAUUUCCCCACCGAAGAAGAGAUGGCAGAGCAUGAUCGCCCUUCAUCUCCUGGCAUGCUUUCCAGCAUUGCGGGUACCAUCCGAGAGCGAGCACGAAGUGUUUUGUCGCCGAAUCAACCCCAGUUCCAGGAUCCAAGGGUUCAGAGCCCCAUGCAUCCAGUUCCUUUGACAGAAAUUGCCGUAUCCACGCUCAAAUCAGAUGACGACCAUGCUCCAUACUACGGCAAGAGCAGAGAGCAUGUGUACGGGCUCCCAGCUGGUGAGCACGGCGACUUGGAGUACGCCGGUGCUGCUGGCGUGUAUGACCAGCGUGCUGUGUCGCAAGGUAGUGGCUUUAGCGGCACCAGCUCGCAUCUUGCACCUACCCCACCGCCACACUCAGCAAAGAGGCAAUUCUCCUUUUCCAAUGUCUUCAAAAGACAUCAUGCUGAUUCACCGCACCACGAGGACGAUCAUCAGCAGCAGCAGCAGGAACACCCGCAGCUUCGACCUACCAGCCGCUACGGCCUUGGUUCGCGGGGUUACUCCAGUCCGCAAGUCAAGAACGCUACUGAAGAGGAGCGACUCGGCCUUGUAAAGGGGGACUCUCGCUCGAUGCCUGCCUUGCAGCGCUAUGAUGACGACGAUGAUGAGGAGGACUCAUUUAAUGACGACAAGUUGAGGCAUGUGGACUCGAGCCCGAGCCCACCACAGGCAUCGAGAUACGGACGCGGUAUCACGACCCCGCCUCGGAGAGGAAGUGAUGGACGUGAUACGGACUUUGAGUCUGAAGCACCCACACCACCUCCUCAUCGGUCACAGCCUGGCGGUGGCCGCCCUAACGCAUUUCUCUGA